UGUAUUGCAAUGCAUUGGACAGGGCUCAUGAUGGCGGCCACCAUGAAUUUUCUCAACCUCCUGAUUGCUGAGUAGAAGCAGGCUGAUUCUUGAUAACGACAGUCUCCGUAUUUAUGAACAGUCAUGUUUCAAAGAAGUAAUACUUCUAGUGAGCGGUCGUUUCAUAUUCUAGCGAGUUAGCUAAUGCUAGGUAGCUUGCUAUCUAACGUAGCUAGCUAAUGUGAUGGUCCGACAGUCAGUUGCUAUAGCUAGGACUAGCUUUCUUCAAUGACAACGUCGUUAGCCUAGUAGUUAAGUUUCCAGACUGGCCUUUUUUAGGAAGGGUGAAUGCGUGGUGUGUGUUGGUAUGGCCACAUUGUUUUCGUAGGUAGUUUAGUUAACAAAUUAUUUCACUGGACUAAGUGCUGAAAUACUCCAUGCCACACAAGAAGGGUUUGGUCACUGAAUGCACUGUCAUCAAGGUAGUUUGAGGCCUCAGUCACAGUGGCCCAAACUUAACCAGGCAGCUAGUAGGCUGCUACCUAGUUUACUAACUAGUUCGCCCGUCUUCCACCUUCACUUAAUUAACGUUAUCUAGCUACCGGUGUUAUGGUUAAAUUCUUUAGCUAAUUAGCUAACUCAUUGGAUCCGUAGAGUAUGCUAGCUAACUGCAAACAGAGUGAAUCGACUAACUAGUAUAAGUAAGCUAGCUAGUUAAGUUGACCCUGUUAGAGCACGGUUUUGGAGAACACCCGGCAUCAACAUACUUGAUAGCUACUUGGACAUCUGUCUGGCUUGCUACACUUGUUGGACUACGUCAUAUUAGGUCUGGAUGAAUAGCCAGGUCUGGAUUUUGUUUCUCCUAUAGCGUUAACUAACUAAGGAUCUGUGCACUUAUGAAGGAAGGCCUGUCAGUGUAUGGUGAAAGUGUUCUCAGUCACUGUCCCUCCAUAGCUAUGUCAAAAUGACAUGCAGUUCCAAAUAGGCCUAAGCAGCACACCUUUAUCCAGAGUCCAGACAAGCAUUGCAUAGACACCCAUAGGUGUGACAGACACCAGGCAUCUGAAAACCAUUUGAGUAGUGUAGCAAGGGGUGUAACUAAAUGAUUUGGUGUCAUUUUUUUCCAUUAGUGCUUUAUUGGCAUCAAGAAUGGGAAGUCAAGGGCUGUUGUCAUCACAGAGCAAAGGCAAAUUCUCAAUUUGGAGAAUCCAGACAAUUUAAUGAUAAAUCAGUACAGAAGUUCUCAGAAAUGUCUGACUGUGGGUGCGUUCGUAAAUUAAUUCUGGCUAUUAUUUUAUUGAACCUUUAUUUAACUAGGCAAGUCAGUUAAGAACAAAUUCUUAUUUACAUUGAUGGCCUAACCAGGACGAUGCUGGGCCAAUUGUGCGCCGCCCUAUGGGAGUCCCAAUCACGGCCGGUUGUGAUACUACAGACCCUGGUUCGAUUCCAGGUUCUAACGCCUCUAGCAGUGCCUUAGACCUCUGCGCCACUCCGGAGCCCUACUCCGAUUUCUGAGCGCUCUCGUCUGGAGGAACCCUUACUCUAGAUGACAUGAAAACAGCCUAACUAGGGCGAGUAAAAUUGUCACUGAGGUGUUCUCUCAUUUGUGUCUGGAAGUAGCUGGCAAGCUAGCCAACUUUAGCAAGUUAGCUUGGGUGCUUGACUGCCAUUGUUAGGUCAGAACACUCAGAUCAACCCUAUUCCUCAGCCAGAGCAUCCAGUGUGCGCUCCAAGAGCAGACCGCUCUGAAUUUACAAACGAGACCAUAUGACAACUCUCUGAAUUUAAGAAUGCCCAGAGCGCGCUCUGAGUUUACUCUGGCACUCCAGAGUGAAUUUACGAACGUACCCUAAAUGUGAUCAAUGAACAGUAAGCAGCAUAGCCUAACCUUUUUCAGUUUCAGAAUUUUGAUUCUUGCUUUGUCAGUUACCUAAGGAGGGACGUGUCAAAUGCCUUGGCUUUAUGACAGCGGUGAAAUGGUCUCAUUUCAGCAGCACUAACAAAGUUGAGGUGCUGGUUAUAGCAGUUUACAUAGUGCCUGUUGGAAGGAGGAAUCUACAGUAUGUGUAUCAGUACAGUAUCACUACAAUCACCACGUGAAAUGAUCGAGAAAAACCACGAAGGGACAGCUAGAUGACAGUUUUGUGUUUAUUUUAAUUUUCACUCUGUCUAUACACUCUGUUUCUUUUCUCCUUAUCUCGUCUGUCCAUCUGCUGUUUAGGCCUGCUUAAUUUACUGCACUGUGAUAUAAAGGCCUGUUUUGCAUUUGCAACAACAAAUGCAAAUGAUUACGUACAAAUGCAUGAGAACUGGACAAGAUGGGACCCUAUUAUUCUGUUCUAGCCAGGUGUGAGCUGUGACGCGUGUUUAAAAGGGAACUUCAGAGGGCGCCGGUACAAGUGUUUAAUUUGCUACGACUACGACCUGUGCGCAUCGUGCUACGAGAGCGGAGCUACCACAACGAGACACACGUCGGAGCACGCCAUGCAGUGUAUAUUAACCAGGGUAGACUUUGACCUGUAUUACGGCGGCGAGGCGUUCUCAGUAGAGCAGCCCCAGAGCUUUUCCUGUCCUUACUGUGGUAAAAUGGGCUACACAGAGACAUCCCUACAGGAGCAUGUCACCUCAGACCAUGCAGAGACUUCCACAGAGGUGAUCUGUCCAAUAUGUGCUGCGUUGCCGGGCGGGGACCCCAAUCACGUGACUGACGACUUUGCUGCUCAUCUCACACUUGAACACAGAGCACCUAGAGACUUAGAUGAGUCCAGUGGCGUCCGGCAUGUGCGUCGGAUGUUCCACCACGGUCGUGGGCUGGGCGGUCCUAGGGCACGCAGGACCAACAUGCACUUUACUAGCAGCUCCACUGGGGGGCUCUCUUCCUCACAGAGUUCCUCUUACUCCCCCAGUAACAGGGAAGCCAUGGACCCUAUAGCAGAGCUAUUGUCUCAGCUGUCGGGCGUGCGGCGCUCGGCGGGUGGCCAGCUCAACUCGUCGGGCCCGUCUGCGUCUCAGCUGCAGCAGCUACAGAUGCAGCUGCAGCUGGAGCGCCAGCAGGCCCAGGCGGCCCGCCAGCAGCUGGAGACGGCCAGGAACGCCACACGACGCUCUAACCCCGGCGGCAACAUCAGUGCCACCAUCCCACCUCCCAGCGCCAACUCGGUCGGCGUGGCCGAGAGCAAUCCCAUGGCCUCCCACAGCUCCCAGUUCCUGCUCACACGUUUGAAUGAGCCCAAGAUGUCGGAGGCGGAGCGGCAGGCGCUGGAGGGUGAGCGCGCCGACCGCAGCCUGUUUGUCCAGGAGCUGCUGUUGAGCACGCUGAUGCGCGAGGAGAGCUCCUCUUCGGACGAGGACGAGCGGCGAGACUUUGCCAGCUUUGGGGCCAUGGGCUGCGUGGAUAUCAUGCCUUUAGACGUGGCCCUGGAAAACCUCAACCUCAGGGAGAGCGGUACUGGCGGUUACAACAGCAGCUCUAGGAGCUCUAAGGAACCUCCACCACCUCCUCUUUGAUGAUAUCCCAGCACCACGCAGACUUUGUCCUCUGUGCUGCCACUGCCAGUGACGGGCGGGUAGCAGGAUCUUUUGGGGUUUGUUUUUUGGUGAUUGUAAUUUCAGGUCUGUCACCUUUGUUACAUUUGUGUACAACCAUAAAAAAGGAGAGCGGGAGCGAUUGGGGAAAGUGCAAGUGGAUGAGUGCGCAGCACUAAGCGAGCGAGAGAUUGAGAGUAUAUAUAUAUAUAUAUCUCAAAUGUUGAUAAUCAGUUCUACACAACUAAUUUUUUCCUUUAGCAGGUAAGCAUUAGGUAGAUGUGGCAGAUCUCUCUUCCUGUUCUCAUGCAAAAUAAUCUCCUUAUAAAUACCCCACAUUCAAAACCUGAAGAGGAACCAGACACCACCCUAUGGUGAAGCUGCUGUGUGUAUUUAUGACUUAACAAAUAAAAAGUGCUUGGAUGGUUAACCAUAAACUACUGCAUGAGGUUCUUUGCAUCGUGCAUGACUUUUAAUGACCUCAUCAUUAAAAAGGGAGAGAGAAAAUAUCCCGACGCUUUCUCUCGCCAACCAUUUUAAACGGUUACUUGAAACAUGAUUUGAGUUUUUCCGAAAAAUGUGAUAUUGCAAAAAAAACUGACAUGCUGAAUAAUUUAGGAACUUUUUAAAACUUUUUUGUUUGAAAUAGAAAAACAACAUAUUGGAAUCUGCAGUAGCUUUAAAAAGAAAACAAUGCAAUGUGUUUAUCUCUCAGCUCCGGUUGGUCCUUCCCUACUUUGACAUCGUCUGACUAUAACAUCAACUUGCUGCACUAACAGCGAAACCCAAGAGAAACUCGAGACAUCUGCAUUCACUUAGCAGAUAAAAUAAUACAAUACCAGGAGCAGAAAAACAAGAUCUUGUCUCUGACAUUUUUCCUAGCUGUUGAUUGUUCUAGUGAGAUGCUGUGUGUAACCACCAGAUGUUGUUUCUAAUUUAUGCACCUGUACAGAAGAACUAGUCUCCCAUUCUCAUCGAUCGCACUCUACUCUUCUCCAUCUCUCUGCUUCUGUAGGCCCAGAUUCCCUAAGUUCAUUUUUAUUACUUUCUUUGAGGAAGGGGAGCGCGAGACUUUCCACAUUGCAGGCAUUGUUUUUUGUUCGACUGAAGAAUGAUUAUUUUUUUCUCAGCUAAGGAUAGCUUCUAUUUAUUUUUUAGUUUCUCUGAUUCUUUUAAGCCUUGUAAUGAAUCAUACCACCUCCAUGCCUAUACUCUUAUCCUCUGUAAAAUACAAUGAGAUGUAUAUUGAAUUUGUGCGUUAACUUUCAUAAUGGUUCUAGGAUAUGGGCAGACUUUUUUUUAUUUUUAAUGUAAAUUUAGAAUACAAUAAACUGCGCACAGCUUUUGAUGAAACCAA